GCAGGUGCUGUAGCCUGUUGACGUUGUGGAGUAGGAGGCUGUCAGACACCGGUGUUUUGUGUGGACCCAGUUCUUAUUAGUGCUCCGAGAUGACUUGCAUCAUGCUACAUUGGUGACCUGGUACAGGCCUACUUGUUCCUGGCAGGUGGUGACAGAGGGAGCUCCCAGUGGGAAGGUUGUACAAAGAAUUCACAAGUUAUCAGUAGCAGGGGUCCAGCCUGAGGGACAAGUCGUCACCAGGGGCCAGAAACACGUUUGACCAUUUAUAUUGACGAGGCAACAUACCACUUGCAUUCUGGCGUGUUUCUUUUGGGAAUUUUGCUUUUCUUGGGGGACAUAAACAACUGUCUUUUGCCCAAUUAAUUAUCAGUGUAAUCAGUUUUGAAACUGGUUCACUUAUUAACUUUUACACAGUGGUUGAGCAGACUGGAAUGAAAUGGAUGCUACUAAGAAAUACUGCAAGGAAGCUUUUUCUGUGAAGACUUUAAAGAGAAGAUUUCCCAUCAUAACAUGGUUACCAAAAUAUAGGCUGAAACAUUUGCAAGGAGAUGUCAUUGCAGGUCUCACAGUGGGUUUGACAGUACUACCACAGGGACUAGCCUAUGCACAAAUUGCUGAGCUUCCACCACAGUAUGGGUUAUACUCUGCCUUCAUGGGUUGUUUUGUGUACACGUUUCUGGGAACAUCGAAAGACAUUACUAUGGGACCAACCGCCAUCAUGUCUCUUAUGACAGCAGAUUUUGGACAGACUGAAUGGCUUCCACACAAUGCCACCAAUGCCAUCAUAUUAACAUUCUUUGCUGGGAUAAUCCAGAUGAUUAUGGGAUUCUUACAUUUAGGUUUUAUCGUCCAGUUUAUAUCCUUCCCAGUGAUCAAUGGAUUUACGUCAGCGGCAUCCAUUACCAUUGCAUUUGGUCAGCUCAAGAACUUACUAGGCCUCAAAGGCAUUCCUCGAGAUUUUUUACAUAUGGUUUAUGAAACAUUCCGGAAAAUUCCAGAGACCAAUAUAUGGGACCUUGUAAUGGGCCUCUGCAGUAUGGUGAUACUUGUGAUCCUUAAGUUUAUAAAAGACCUUAAAUAUGAUGAUGAAGAAGGGGUCGUACUCCCAAUGAGCACCAAAGUGUCCAGGAAGAUUUUAUGGCUGGUUGGCACAGCCCGCAAUGCAGUUGUGGUGGUGGCUGCGGCUGGCAUAGCUGCAGCUCUCCUAGCUAAAGACAUAGAUGUCCUAAGUCUGACUGGAAAUAUCCAGGAGGGCCUUCCCCCAUUUAAAUUGCCCAAUUUUACCCUGCAAAUUAGUCCCAAUGAAACUAUAGGAACUGGUCAGUUAUUUCAGAAUAUUGGAGCAGGAUUUGCAAUUAUUCCUCUGAUUGGGCUAUUGGAGACCAUAGCAAUAGGAAAAGCCUUUGCAAGAAAAAAUGACUACUCUAUUGAGCCAAAUCAAGAAUUGAUUGCCAUGGGUGCCGCCAACUUUUUGAGCUCGUUUGUUAGCUCCUAUCCAAUAACUGGGAGUUUUUCAAGAACUGCCGUGAACUCUGCUAGUGGGGUACGAACACCUGCUGGUGGUAUCUUUACAGGUCUUUUGGUGGUGCUUGCCCUCGCCCUCCUUACCCCGUUGUUUUACUACAUUCCUGAUGCUGCCCUUGCUGCAGUCAUCAUCACUGCUGUCUUAGACAUGUUUGAUUGGAAGAUCUACUUGACUUUAUGGAGAGUUAAAAAGCUAGACAUCAUUCCCCUGUUUUCCACUUUUAUCAUGUCCUUUAUCCUGGGAAUAGAGUAUGGUAUCCUAAUUGGCAUUGGUCUGUCCUUGAUGAUUGUCCUGUACCCCAUGGCAAGGCCACACGUCAAGAUGGGUAGUAAAGACAUCAUGUUGGUGCAGCCAGACCAAGGCUUGAAGUUCCCUGGUGUAGAAUAUGUAAGAGAUAAGAUAUAUACCAGAGCACUUAUAGGUGAAACCCCAAGAAGUGUUGUAUUUGAUUUCACUCAUGUAUCUGGAGUAGAUUAUACAACAGUGCAGUUGGUGGAAAGAUUAUAUGAAGACUGUAAAAAGCACAAGGUGCAGAUAGCAUUUGCAGGCAUGAGGCCGGAGAUACUUGAAAUUGUAGAAAGUGCAAAAAUCCCUGAAUUCGCACAUUUCCACACCAUAGAGGAGGCUGAGCAGGCUCUGAGUGAAGAAAAAAAGCCUCUGUUGGCUCGAGCACAUAGUUCUAAUGCUACAGAUGAAAGGAGUGCAACACCAUCUAGAUAUAUGUCAAUAAAUAGAGACAUUGGAUCGGUUGGACCUCAUGUGAUUGAGAUUCCUGAACAAAUGAAUGGCAUUGACAAGUCUGCUACCUCCAUCUCCCCUCUUGUGUAGGAAGAAGAAACAUCAAAGAAACUGGGUCAAAACUGUGCUUUUUUUGUGUUCAGCAGAAUGCAUACACUGUAAGACAAUUUUCAAAUGACUGGUGCUUGGGCUAUAGAUGUUGAUGCACACUUGGAGAACCACUAAAGAGAUCCAUAAGAUCACUGAUGAAAAAAUAUUUUAUCAUUACUGAAAAUAGAUUAUGGAGACAAGUUCUAAAAACUAAUGUACUCUGUGUACAAAGUGAGCACAUGCACUCUCUGAGCUAUGACAGUUGUAAGAGGGCCAAAUAAAGGCUCCAAUAAACAUUUUAUUAUUAUUAUUAUUUUAAUGAAAGGCAAUGUACACCAGUUAUCAAAGACUCUGAUAUCAAAACAUGCAAUCGCUUCAGGACCAUUUGCUAGUGUGCAGUUCUCCGUGUGAGAGGCAUGUGCUGUAAUGUGUUUGACAGGCAAAAGUGUGGAUUAUAUUGGUUUAUAACU